UUUCUUGGCAGUUUUGAGGGACAGGUCCGGUGGCCAAUAGGCCUGCAGUCUUGGCCAGAACCACCCAAUGGGAGCGUGAGGAUCCGGGUGAGGGGCGGUCCGGGCAAGGAGGCAAGUUAGGCUGAGGAGUGGGCUUUUAGAAGUCGCCGUGCGGCUGGGGCAGCGGCGGGGAAGAUGGCAGAUUUUUUGAAAGGAUUACCAGUCUACAACAAAAGCAACUUCAGUAGAUUUCAUGCAGACUCUGUAUGUAAAGCAUCGAACAGAAGACCGUCAGUAUAUCUUCCUACAAGGGAAUAUCCAUCUGAACAAAUCAUAGUAACAGAAAAGACAAACAUACUUUUGCGUUAUCUACAUCAGCAAUGGGACAAAAAGAAUGCAGCAAAGAAGAGAGAUCAAGAGCAAGUGGAAAUAGAAGGUGAGAAUUCGGCACCACCACGGAAAAUUGCUCGGACAGACAGCCAGGACAUGAAUGAGGACACUUAAACUCUUGCUCUGUCCUACACUAUUUUGCAGGCGCUUCCUGUUUUGUCUCAAAAUGUGUAAAUUUCCGCACCCCUUCUCCCCCCCCUCCACUAUGCAGCCCAAACCACUUCUGACUUCAUAGGAGCCAAUGUAUUUAUUUUUUUUUCAGUUUUUAUUUAUGCUGUAAAACUUACGGAGCAAUCAAUGGUGGAACAAGUCAGCAAAUGAUGUAGUGUAACUUUAAUCCUUUUUAAAAAAACAUACAUUAUCACUUUUCCAGAUUUUGUUAAACCUGUUGCUUAAUUAACCCAGUUUGCCAUGGAAGCCUGGAGAGGAGACAUGACUUUAUGGCAUGCAAAUUCCAGUGGUAUGGGCUUUCUGAUUCAUAUACCCACUGGUAUAUUACAGUAGUCAACUCUGUAUUGGCUGUAACCAGUCUAGCAGUAAUUUUGGGGGGGNGGGGGGAGGAGGGGAUGAGGGGGCUCAUCCGCUCUGAAAUGUUGAUCCUAAAAUCAGCACUGUACUAGGAAAUCCUGGGGGUCAUUAAGGUUAUGCUGAUCUUAUCAAAUGUGGUCAACUUGAGAGAACAGUUGUGGUUUUUUUGUUCAGCAGCGUAUGUUAUCACACGCAUCAAUGGUCAUGGAGAAUUCAAGUGACAGGUGUGUUGCUUUGGUUGCUCUUACAUUUUAACAGCCUUUUGGUCUUGAAUGGACUGGUAUGUGCAACUUCUCCAUUGGAAUAAAAAGGAUACUUUUAUCCUACUGAGUAUUUGAUCAACAGUGUCUUUAAAAUGGCAGCCGGUGGAAUGGAAUUGGUAGGUCUACCUUAUAAUCUUGUUUGUUAAAUUUGAGAAUCAAAUUGGGUACAGCUUGGCAUCUAGAUUGAGAGAAAGGAAAUAGCCAACCAGUGAUUCUGAAAAAUCGUAUAUUGCAUGACUGGAGCUGAGUACAGGACUUCUGGAUGCAAAGUAGCUGAACAAAAUGAGCUUCUACAGUCUAUAUUAAAGACAGACCCUCUUUCAUUUGGACAAUGACAGUUCAAUACCUGUCAUCUGUAACCCUUUGCUGGCUAUCUUCAGUAGGCACCAAAUACAAAACCCUCAAGAUGUCUAAGUGGCGUCAAAGGAAACCAGCAUAGUUGGUUGAAGGUAUCUCUCUCUCACUAUUGACUGUCCAUUCUGCUUUUAAUAUGAAAAGCUGAGUCUGUUUUUAGAUUGAUAUCUAGAUUGUUGCCUUCUAUUGCUCUUUUCCUAGCAUCUCUGCUCAUCCGCAAAUUCUAAACAAACUGAGUCCAGAAGCCAUGUGAGCCUCUUUCUAGAAAACCAUGGGUAAGCCUAGUUCUGCAGGGAGUUUGACUGUGGUGGUUAAACUCAGAUGAAAGACUUGCGAAGACAGGGCUCAUGCUGCCACCUUCACUACUGUGUCCCGAUCAGGCCAGCGGACAGAACUUGUUCAGAAUAAAAGCAUGAUGGGAAUGAAAGCCAUCAGCAGCACAAUUUAUCUUAUGAGCAGGACUUUGUGAGAAGCAGGACAUAGCCUCGCUUAUUGCUGCAUUUUUUUCAAGUGUGUACAAGUAGAAUCAGAGCUUAGCGCCUAUUCUUCAUCUCACUUUUUCAGUGAAGAUCAUUGUUAUUUAAACCUAAAAUUGUACCUGCCCUUAAAAUAGCUGUUUUGCUGUGGCAGUUCCCCUCCAGAUUAUCAGGUUCAAACACCAGCUGUGUUGGUGAGGACAAAAAUAUGGUUUUACAAUUUUGUUCUACUGGCAAUUGUAACUUAACAGAACUUCUUUACCCAGAGCUGUGCUGCCAAAAAAAUGCUGUCGUGUGAAAUACAAAAAGUAAACGGAAAAUGCUAUGUUAGCUUCAAGGACAUGUUGAAAGGUUUGUAAGAUACCAAAGGAGGAAAUGGGCGUAGUGCUGAUGACAAAAGUUUAACCAAUGCUGUGUUUUUAGCUACGUUUGAGAGUUCUAGCCUCGUUUAUCAAGUGCUGUUUAAUUCCUUGCUAAUAGAGAAUUUGGAGCUGUGCUGACCUCUCUGCUACAGCAAGUGUAGUACCAUUAAAGAUUUGGCAGUACCGUCCCUUUCUAUACCCCCAUCUUUGUUCCUUUUACAAUAAAUGGGACCUUCCUGGUAGCGGAGCCUUUGAAAUCUUACAAAUAAAUUUUUUUUUGUUUAAUUUACCAAAAAUCUCUGCAAUUCACACUCUUAGGGGAAAAAAAUAGUUGCCUUUAGCUUCCUGAGAGCAAGUCUGAAGCAAUGAGGAAAAAAAAAGCUUUAGUUAAA